GUUACUGGACUCUGGUGUAUAUAAGCACCUGGAGAGACAGUUGCUUGCUCUAGGCAGCAGCCAUGGACAAGCUUAAGAUUCUGUUUGCUGUUGUCUUGUCUCUGGGGGCGGCUUCAGCAGCCACUCUUGGUGUGGUACAAACAGAAGGGGGCAGUGUUCAGGGACGAAACAUCCCCCUCGGUCUGUUCCGCUCAGUGGAUGUUUUCAAAGGAAUCCCCUUUGCCGCCCAGCCUGAAACCCUCGAGAAACCCAAACCUCAUCCUGGCUGGAGUGGUAUACUGAAGGCUACAAAGUUUGCUCAGAGAUGUCUGCAGAUGAGCGUGCUCCAGACUUCCAGUUUUGGUAGCGAGGACUGCCUCUACCUCAACAUCUGGGUUCCUCAUGGCCGUCAAGUGUCGUCAAACCUUCCAGUCAUGAUCUGGUUUUAUGGAGGAGGCUUCAUGGUUGGCGGUUCAAUGGGGGCGAAUUUCCUGAAUAACUACCUGUACAGCGGUCAGGAGAUUGCAGACAGAGGCAAUGUUAUUGUGGUGUCUGUGGGAUACCGUGUGGGAACUUUGGGCUUCCUCAGCACGGGGGACUCUGCUUUACCUGGAAACUUUGGUUUGUGGGACCAGCAUGCUGCCAUCACCUGGGUGCACAAGAACAUCCGUUCCUUUGGUGGAGACCCUGAAAAUAUCACCCUCUUUGGAGAGUCUGCAGGUGGAGCUAGUGUCAGCUUCCAGAGUCUGUCCCCCCACAACAAAGGGCUGGUCAAGAGAGCCAUCUCCCAGAGCGGUGUUGCUUUCUGCCCAUGGGCUAUCAACAAGAACCCACACAAACUUGCAGUGGAGGUUGCUGAGAAAGUUGGCUGCCCCACUGAUGACAGGAUGGCCGCGUGUCUGAAAUCCAUUGAUGUUAAGACUCUCACCAUGGCUGCUCCCCGCAUCGUACAAGGCACCCCAGAUACUCCCGGUGUGAUGAACCUGCUUCUGUCUCCUGUUGUUGAUGGUGACUUCCUCCCCGAUGAUCCCGCCAACUUGCUCCACAACACUGCUGACAUCGACUACCUUGUAGGGGUGAAUAACAUGGACGGACAUCUUUUCACCUCACAGGAUAUUCCUUCCAUUGGUAACAAGAAUGAAGACACUUCUGUAGAAGAUUUAAAGAGUCUCCUCGCUGCUUACACUAAAGAGUUCGGAAAAGGAGGUUUGGAAGUUGCCUUCACUGAAUAUGCAUCCGACUGGGAAUCAUCACCCAGCCGGGACACCAUCAAGAGGACCGCUGUGGACAUUGGGACUGAUUACUUGUUCCGGAUUCCUGCACAGAUUGCAAUCUACCUGCAUGCUGAUAACGCCAAGUCCGGCCGUACAUUCUCCUACAUGCUGUCUGAGCCCAGUUUGUUAGCUGGACCAGGCAAACCCUACAAUGACUGGGUGGGAUCUGACCACGCUGAUGACCUGCAGUAUGUGUUUGGCAAACCCUUCACCACACCUAAGGCUUAUGGGGACAGGCACAGAGACUUGUCUGGCUAUAUGAUCGCCUACUGGACUAACUUUGCAAGAACUGGGGACCCUAACAGUGGAAACCUGAAGGUGCCUGUGAUCUGGCCUGAAUUUACCAGCACUGGACAACCAUUCCUAAACCUCAAUGCUGAGAUGAAUGACAGCUCCUUUGGACAGGAAAUGAGGCUUCGUUUUGUCCAUCUUUGGACCACAAUCCUUCCCAGCCUUCCAUCAGAAGGUGUAACACAAGCUCAGUGAUGUUUUUUUUUUUUUUUUUUUUUUCACUUUUGAAAUAAAAGAGUGCAUACAAAAAAAUGAGGGUAAACGAUUCCACCUUUUGACUCCUCCAUCAGUAAUAAAAGAAGUCCAAUUCUUUUCAAUUUAA